CCGCGCCCGGGAGCGCGCAGUGCGGCGCACCGAGCCCCGCACCGAGCCCCGCACCGAGCCCCGGCUGCCGCCGACCCUCCACUCCUCACCGGCUGAGGAUCCCUCUGCACGUGCUGCUGCCCCGGGGACACUCGGAGGGGCUGCCCCUGCCCAGCCCUCCAGGAUGGUCAUGCCCGGGCACCGCCUCCCCUGCGCAGGGAUCGUCCUCGCCCUCUGCCUCCAGCACCUCGGCAGCACCAUCGAGGUCCCUCUGGAUCCAAGUAUUCAGAGUGAAUUGCCCCAGCCCCCCACCAUCACCAAGCAGUCGGUGAAGGAUUACAUCGUGGACCCCAGGGACAACAUCUUCAUCGAGUGUGAGGCCAAAGGGAACCCCGUGCCCACCUUCUCCUGGACUCGGAACGGGAAGUUCUUCAACGUGGCCAAGGACCCCAAGGUGUCGAUGCGGCGCCGCUCGGGGACCCUCGUCAUCGACUUCCACAGCGGGGGCAGGCCCGAGGACUACGAGGGGGAGUACCAGUGCUUCGCCAGGAACGACUAUGGCACUGCCCUCUCCAGCAAGAUCCACCUCCAGGUGUCCAAGUCUCCCCUGUGGCCCAAGGAGAAGGUGGAUGUGAUCGAGGUGGAUGAAGGGGCCCCUCUGAGCCUGCAGUGCAACCCCCCCCCGGGGCUGCCCCCGCCCGUCAUCUUCUGGAUGAGCAGCUCCAUGGAGCCCAUCCAGCAGGACAAGCGAGUGUCCCAGGGGCAGAACGGGGACCUUUACUUCUCCAACGUGAUCCUGCAGGACGCCCUGACCGACUACAGCUGCAACGCCCGCUUCCACUUCACCCACACCAUCCAGCAGAAGAACCCCUUCACCCUCAAGGUGAAAACCAAGAAGCCCCAUAACGAAACGUCUUUACGAAAUCACACUGCCAUGUACAGUGCCCGAGGGAUCACGGAAACGACUCCCAGCUUCAUGUAUCCCUACGGGACCACCAGCAGCCAGAUGGUGCUCCGAGGGGUGGAUCUCCUGCUGGAGUGCAUCGCGUCCGGAGUCCCAGCACCGGACAUCAUGUGGUACAAGAAAGGAGGGGAGCUCCCCGUGGGCAAAACCAAGCUGGAGAACUUCAACAAGGCCCUUCGCAUCUCCAACGUGUCCGAGGAGGACUCCGGGGAGUAUUUCUGCCUGGCCUCCAACAAGAUGGGCAGCAUCCGCCACACGAUCUCGGUGAGAGUGAAGGCUGCCCCGUACUGGCUGGAUGAACCCGAAAACCUCAUCCUGGCCCCCGGGGAGGACGGGAGGCUGGUGUGCCGAGCCAACGGGAACCCCAAACCCUCCAUCCAGUGGCUGGUGAACGGGGAGCCCAUCGAAGCCUCUGCCCACAACCCGAGCCGGGAGGUGGCCGGGGACACCAUCGUGUUCCGGGACACGCAGAUCGGCAGCAGCGCCGUGUACCAGUGCAACGCCUCCAACGAGCACGGCUACCUGCUGGCCAACGCCUUCGUCAGCGUGCUGGACGUGCCCCCCCGGAUCCUGGCCCCCCGCAACCAGCUCAUCAGGGUCAUCCAGAACAACCGCACCCGGCUCGACUGCCCCUUCUUCGGCUCCCCCAUCCCCACCCUGCGAUGGUUUAAGAACGGCCAGGGGAACACGCUGGACGGAGGGAACUACAAGGCCCACGAGAACGGGAGCUUGGAGAUGUUCAUGGCUCGGAAGGAGGACCAGGGCAUCUACACCUGCGUGGCCACCAACAUCCUGGGCAAAGCAGAGGCCCAGGUUCGCCUGGAGGUCAAAGACCCCACCAGGAUUGUGAGAGGGCCCGAGGACCAGGUGGUGAAGAGGGGCUCCAUGCCUCGCCUGCACUGCCGCGUCAAGCACGACCCCACGCUGAGGCUCACGGUCACCUGGCUCAAGGAUGAUGCCCCCCUGUACCUGGGAAGCAGGAUGAAGAAAGAAGACGAUGGUCUGACGAUAUUUGGCGUGGCUGAGAGGGACCAGGGGGACUACACGUGCGUGGCCAGCACGGAGCUGGACAAGGACUCGGCCAAGGCCUAUCUCACCGUGCUCGCCGUCCCUGCUAACCGUGUGAGAGAGUUACCCAAAGCACGGCCCGACCAGCCCCGUGACCUGGAGCUGACAGACCUGGCGGAGCGGAGCGUGCGGCUCACCUGGAUCCCCGGGGACGACAACAACAGCCCCAUCACAGACUACAUCGUGCAGUUCGAGGAGGAUCGCUUCCAGCCGGGAAUGUGGCACAACCACUCCAGGUACCCCGGGAGCGUCAACUCGGCCGUGCUGAGCCUGGCCCCGUACGUCAACUACCAGUUCCGGGUGAUCGCCGUCAACGACGUGGGCAGCAGCGUGCCCAGCGUGCCCUCGGAGCGCUACCAGACCAACGGGGCACGUCCUGAAAUCAACCCAACGGGAGUUCAGGGUGCAGGGACCCAAAAAAACAACAUGGAGAUCACCUGGACGCCCCUGAAUGCAACUCAAGCUUAUGGGCCCAACCUCAGGUACAUCGUGCGCUGGCGGCGCCGGGACCCGCGGGGCAGUUGGUCCAACGAGACGGUGAAGGGCCCCCGGCACGUGGUGUGGAACACCCCCAUCUACGUCCCCUACGAGAUCAAGGUGCAGGCGGAGAACGACUUCGGCAGAGCCCCCGAGCCCGACACCUACAUCGGCUACUCCGGGGAGGACUAUCCCAAGGCUGCGCCCACGGACGUUAGGAUUAGAGUCCUAAACAGCACUGCCGUGGCUCUGACCUGGACCAGAGUGCACCUGGACACCAUCCAGGGACAGCUCAAGGAGUACAGAGCCUAUUUCUGGAGAGACAGUAGCUUGCUGAAGAACCUGUGGGUCUCCAAAAAACGGCAGUUUGUGAGUUUUCCUGGAGACAGAAACCGGGGCAUAGUGUCCAGGCUGUUCCCUUACAGCAACUACAAACUUGAGAUGGUUGUGACCAACGGCCGAGGAGAUGGGCCCCGCAGUGAGGUGAAGGAAUUCCCCACUCCUGAAGGAGUGCCCAGCUCCCCCAGGUACCUGAGAAUCCGACAGCCCAACCUGGAAAUCAUCAAUCUGGAGUGGGAUCACCCCGAGCAUCCCAAUGGAGUCCUCACAGGAUACAGCCUUAGAUACCAACCCUUUAACGGGACCAAAACGGGCCGAACCGUGGUGGAGAACUUCUCCCCCAACCAGACCAGGUUCACCCUGCAGAGGACAGACCCCAUCUCCCGCUACCGCUUCGUGCUGCGCGCCCGCACCCAGGUGGGAGAAGGAGAGCCCGUAGUGGAGGAGUCCCCAGCCCUGCUGGACGAAGCCACGCCAACCCCAGGUACCGGAUUUGGAGCCGCCACUGGGACGCCUCCGGUGGAGCAAAGCAGCCCUACAGCCACCCCAACCACCGCCACAGCAACCACCCCAGCAACCACCCCAACCACUCCUGACACAACAACAGCCGCCACAGCUCCAACCACAGCUCCAACCACAGCUCCAACCACAGCUCCAACCACAGCUCCAACCACAGCCACCACCACAACCAGCAGCACCACGGCCGCCGAGAGGGCUCCGGCUGCCACCACAAAGCAGGAGUUGGCCACCAAUGGAUCGUCCAUAUGGGACAUAAGAGCUAUGGCUAAUAGUAACUGGGCAAACAUCACCUGGAGCCACAAUUACUCUGCAGGAACUGACUUUGUGGUUAAGUAUAUCACCAGUAACAAGACAGAGAGAUCUAUCCCUGUUAAGGCUCAGACCCCUUCCUCUGUGCAGCUGGCGGAUCUGACGCCGGGGAUGAUGUACAAGCUGUGGGUGUUCCCCAUAUGGUCUAGCCCCAGCGAGCACUCGUACAUAACCUUUACCACCAGCUCAGCCUACACCAAGAACCAGGUGGACAUCGCCACGCAGGGCUGGUUCAUCGGGCUCAUGUGUGCCAUCGCCCUGCUCGUGCUCAUCCUGCUCAUCGUCUGCUUCAUCAAGAGGAGCAGAGGGGGCAAGUACCCAGUCCGGGACAAUAAAGAUGAGCACCUAAAUCCCGAAGACAAGAACGUGGAGGAUGGAUCCUUUGACUACAGGUCUCUUGAAAGCGAUGAAGACAACAAACCUCUUCCCAACAGCCAGACGUCGCUGGACGGGACGAUAAAGCAGCAGGAGAGCGACGACAGCCUGGUGGACUAUGGAGAGGGGGGAGAGGGGCAGUUCAACGAGGACGGCUCCUUCAUCGGCCAGUACACCGUGAAAAAGGACAAGGAGGAGACCGAAGGCAACGAGAGCUCCGAGGCCACCUCCCCUGUCAACGCCAUCUACUCCUUGGCAUAGCCCAGUGCCCGGCAACACCGACAGCCUGAGGGGGUCCGGAGGGCCUGGGGGGGGUCCCACAGCAGCCCCCCCCCCCCCCGAUGGGAAUGUGGGAAUGGAACCGACCGACGAAAAAACGAAAUGCAAAAAAAA